ACAGACCAUUUUUGCUGUUCUUUGUUUUUGGUUUUUAUAAUGAAUGCUGUUCUUGGAAAGCCGUGCAUGGUUGAUGUUUAUCAUUUUAAAUACGCUCCAUCAUGAGUUCUAGCACUGUCUGAACAAGAGUUUAAUUAACAAGCUUCUUGCUCUGUUCUUGGCGAAGUGAGCUCAACGGAGUAACACUGGCAAGCCCGCGGUAGUCUUUGUUGAGAGUCUGAACUUGAACUGAAGCCUUGUAAGCGGUGAAGUUUUGAACUUUUGGAACGUGUCCUGAAUCAUGAAUGGAUUCUAGAGGAGAACUUCUAAAAGGCAGCGAAAUCACCAUGUCGGAGGAAAGGAAUGUCAAUGGAAAUGAAGUAAUUGUGACCAUCUCGACUGAAGAGGAAGCAAAAGCUGUGACUGAGGGCAAGGGCCUAAAAGGGUCGUCGUCUUCCAAGGGGUUGGAAACUGCCGCUCCAAAACAAACCCAGGUGGAUUCUCCCUGCAAGGCAUCGAGUGAAUCGAGCGCCGGUGUCGCAAAAUCAGCUCCAAUGAGCUGCCGGUCUCCCGAAAUUGCCAGUCUCAGCCCUAGCCGGAAUAAGCCGCCUAAACCUCCCAAUGCUAACGAAGCUCUUGUUAGGAAAAGGACUCUCAGCAGGUCGGUGUACUCGAAACCGAAGUCAAGGUUUGGGGAGCAACCGUGUCCUUUUGAUGCCAGUAUGUUUGAAGAAGAGCGCAAUGCAUUGUUGCAAGAAUCAUUUAAUCGGGGAUCGCCCAAUAACAGAUCAACGCAUUCAGCCUGGAAUGUUCCCGUCACUCCGAAGACACCAUUCAUGGCAUCUCCAGGACCAGCUGGAGGAGGAGGUGAAGAGGAGGAUGACGAAGAGAUCUACAAAAAAGUCACUCUUGAAUUGAGCAAAGCAAAGCAUAAGAGGAUAAAGACCAAGGCUUUGGUUGAAUGGACCGUGUUUUUUCUCAUUCUCGGGUGCUUGGUGGCUAGUUUAACGGUUGAUCAAUUGGAAGCAUCUAAGCUAUGGGGUUUAGAGAUGUGGAAGUGGUGUGUACUUGUAAUGGUGCUAUUCUCUGGCAUGUUGGUUACCAAUUGGGUGAUGCAUUUCGUAGUUUUCUUGAUUGAGAGGAAAUUUUUACUUCGGAAAAAGGUACUCUACUUCGUUCAUGGUUUGAAGAAGAGUGUUCAAGUUUUCACUUGGUUGGCCUUCGUUCUUCUCACGUGGGUACUGUUAUUCAAUCGAGGCGUCAGGAGGUCAAAGAUUGCCAAUAAGGUUUUGGAUUGCAUAACCUGGACUCUCGUCUCGAUUCUUAUCGGUUCAUUUCUAUGGUUCUUAAAGACUUUACUGCUGAAGAUAUUAGCAUCGAGUUUCCAUGUUACUACAUUCUUCGAUCGAAUUCAAGAAUCGAUCUUCCAUCACUACGUUUUGCAAACCUUAUCCGGGCAGCCUCUUAUAGAGGAGGGUGAGAGGGUGGGGAGAGAACCUAGUGUUGGCCACUUUAGUUUCAGAACUAUGAAGAAAGGUAAAAUGGGAAAGGAGAAGAAGGUGAUUGAUAUGGGGAAGAUUCAUAAGAUGAAGCAAGAAAAGGUUUCGGCUUGGACGAUGAAGAUGUUGGUCGAUGCAGUGACAAGUUCGGGCCUGUCUACCCUAUCGAAUACGUUGGAUGAGAGCGCCGAUGAUGGAGGAGCUGAGCAAGCGGAUAAGGAGAUAACGAGCGAGAUGGAAGCGAUGGCCGCUGCAUAUCACAUUUUCAGAAACGUCGCUGUGGCGGGUUGCAAGUACUUCGAUGAAGACGAUCUUCAAAGAUUCAUGAUCAAGGAAGAGGUGGAUCUUGUCUUCCCAUUGCUUGAAGGAGCAGAAACUGGACGAAUCGACAUUAAAUCUUUGACAAACUGGGUGGUGAAGGUUUAUCAAGGCCGUAAAGCGCUGAUACAUGCUUUAACUGACACGAAAACAGCAGUAAAGCAAUUGAACAAGCUUGUGACAGGAAUAUUGAUCGUUAUUCCCAUCAUCAUAUGGCUUCUUUUGAUGGAAAUUGCUACGACCAAAGUACUAGUCCUGCUUUCUUCACAGUUUGUUGUCGCGGCUUUCAUCUUUGGCAACACAUGCAAGACAAUAUUUGAGGCUAUCAUCUUUGUAUUCAUUAUGCAUCCAUUUGAUGUUGGCGAUCGAUGCGUUAUUGAUGGUGUUCAGUUGAUGGUGGAGGAGAUGAAUAUCUUGAACACUGUCUUCUUGAAGCUCGAUAAUGAAAAAAUCUACUAUCCAAAUUCGGUUUUGGCUACGAAACCUAUAAGUAAUUACCACAGAAGCCCUGACAUGGGUGACAAAGUGGAGUUCUCGAUUGAUUUCAUGACUCCAUUGGAAAGAAUCGGAGCAAUGAAAGAGAAAAUAAGAAAGUACUUGGAGAAAAAUCCGCAACAUUGGCACCCGAACCACAAUGUGAUGGUGAGUGAGAUCGAGAAUGUGAACAAGAUUAAGAUCGGGCUCUACGUCAAUCACACGAUGAACUUCCAAGAUUACGCAGAGAAGGGCAGGCGGAGGACUGAACUAGUCAUCGAGUUGAAAAGAAUUUUCGACGACUUGAAUAUUAGAUAUAAUCUCCUUCCUCAAGAGGUCCAUCUGUGCCAGAGUGAGAAUAAGAAACAGGCGUGAAGGGCAGGCGAUGAUUGCGUUUGGCUGUUGAAGUCUCUGACAAUCUGGCAAAAUCUUCGUCCGCUUGCUGGUUAAUGAGAUGACUAGUUUUUUCCAUAGAUUGGGCUUACGUAAUUGUUCUUUUCACGUAGCAAUGGAGCGAGGCCUACGGAAGACGGUCGUAUUGCCUCAGGCAUGCGAGGCGUGUCAAGACUAUCAAUAGACCAAUUGAUACGCGAUGACUGGGGAUUGCAAAGCAUACCUAAAACUUGUUCAUCCUUUGGAUGUUUAGCGAUAGGUUUUUUGAUAUUUUGGCUUGGUGAAUCGGUCGUGGUUAGAUUUUGAAACAUUAAGGCUGGCAGGUACGAACGAUGUCAGUGAAUGUAAUCUACCUCUUAUUUACCUCAAGUAUGAGUUAUUGCUCAGCCAAA